CUGGGGCAGUCCGGGUUGUUAACUGCGGUGCGGACGCCCGCUACUGCGCAGGCGUCUCAGGAAGAGCUCGGCCUCGCCCCUCUCCCUCGCGGUUCCUGUCGCUAGCAAGUACCCACGAGUACCGGAUUCCGCCAGUGCCGGGUUCCGCUAGCGCGGAGUUCCGUGCGGUGGCGAGACGCGGCGGGAGCUGCGGGCGGCGACCGGAACCCUGAUUGCUGUCCUUCAACGUGUUCAUUAUGAAGUUAUUAGUAAUACUUUUGUUUUCUGGACUUAUGACUGGUUGUAGAGGUAACUCUUCAUAUAGUUUGCCACCCAAGUUACUGCUGGUGUCUUUUGAUGGCUUUAGAGCUGACUAUCUGCAGAACUAUGAAUUUCCUCAUCUCCAGAAUUUUAUCAAAGAAGGUGUCUUGGUAGAACAUGUUAAAAAUGUUUUUAUCACAAAAACAUUUCCAAAUCACUAUAGCAUUGUGACAGGCUUAUAUGAGGAAAGCCAUGGCAUUGUAGCCAAUUCCAUGUAUGAUGCAGUCACAAAGAAACAUUUUUCUGAUUCUAAUGACAAGGAUCCUUUUUGGUGGAAUGAGGCAGUACCUAUUUGGGUGACUAAUCAGCUUCAGGAAAACAGAUCAAGUGCUGCUGCUAUGUGGCCUGGUACUGAUGUACUCAUUCACAAUACCACACCUUCCUAUUUUAUGAAUUAUAGCAUCUCAGUGUCAUUUGAGGAGAGAGUAAAUAACAUUACGACGUGGCUCAGCAAUUCGAACCCACCAGUCACCUUUGCAACACUCUAUUGGGAAGAACCAGAUGCAAGUGGCCACAAAUAUGGACCAGAAGAUAAAGAAAACAUGCGCAGGGUAUUGAAAGAAAUAGAUGACCUCAUUGGUUACCUAGUCCAAAAGCUCAAGAUGUUAGGAUUGUGGGAAAAUCUUAAUGUGAUUAUUACAAGCGAUCAUGGGAUGACUCAGUGUUCUGAGAACAGAUGGAUAAACUUGGAUCUCUGCAUCGAUCGUUCGAACUACAGUCUUAUAGAUUUGAGCCCAGUUGCUGCAGUGCUCCCCAAAAUAAAUAUAACAGAGGUUUAUGAAAAACUGAAAAACUGUAGCYCUCACAUGAAUGUUUAUCUCAAAAAAGACAUUCCUGACAGAUAUUAUUACCAACAUAAUGAUCGAAUUCAGCCAAUUAUAUUGGUUGCUGAUGAAGGCUGGACAAUUGUACUAAAUAAAUCAUCAUCAAAAUUAGGUGACCAUGGUUAUGAUAAUUCUUUGCCCAGUAUGCAUCCGUUCCUAGCUGCCCACGGCCCUGCAUUUCACAAAGGCUACAAGUAUAGCACCAUUAAUAUUGUGGAUAUUUAUCCAAUGAUGUGUCAUAUCCUGGGAUUAAAACCACAUCCUAAUAAUGGAACCUUUAGUCAUACCAAGUGCUUGUUGGUUGACCAGUGGUGCAUUAAUCUCCCAGAAGCCAUUGGUAUUGUUAUUGGUGCACUCUUGGCAUUAACCACUCUAACAUGCCUCAUAAUAAUUAUGCAGAACAGACUGUCUGUACCCCAUUCGUUUUCCCGACUUCAACUACAAGAAGAUGAUGAUGAUCCUUUAAUUGGGUAACAUGUACUGAGAUUUAUACAAAGUGUCUUUGCAUAAUCUCAAAACUAAGGAUAUAUCCUAGGAAUGAUGUUUUAACUUUUUAACCAUGAAAAAGUAUACUUUGAAAGACAACUUAGACCAAGCAUGCUAAAAUUACUUUUUUCCCUUGUGUUUUGUUUUGGCUCAUUAGCUAAUACAAAUAACCCUAUCCAUAGUAAAAAUGCUAGUAAAUCAGUUAACACCAUCUAUUUCUCUAAUUAGACAUAGCUUUUGAGAAAAAUACUAUGCUUUCUUUUUCUCUUUGCAAUGAAGAUGAUACAUUUAAAAUGAAAAUAUACCAAAUUUAGUAGAUGUGUUUUUCUAAUAAAUUUAUAUAUUUGUAAAUGAAAAAAA